AUGGCCCAACGAUUGAGAGAGGCCUUUAAGAAAGUAGCCAAACAGGUCAACAGUGCCGGAGGAGGUGGCAGUGGCGGCGGUGGUGGUGGCGGCGGCGGAGGUCGAGCAGCUGCUGCAGCGGCCACUAGUGUCACGGCUUUGGCAGUGGCCGGUGGUCUAGGAUAUGGUGCCUAUAACUCUCUUUUCACCGUCCCAGGAGGUCACCGAGCCAUUAUUUACAACCGCAUCAGUGGUAUGAAGGAUACAGUUUACGGCGAAGGUUUGAAUUUCAAUAUUCCGUGGUUCGAGCGCCCCACUGUGUUUGAUAUCCGAACUCGUCCCGUCAAUCUGCAAACGUUGACGGGAUCCAAGGAUUUGCAAAUGGUUACCAUUGCCAUUCGUGUCUUGCACAAGCCUGAUCCCAACAAGCUGGUGGAGAUGUACAGAAAUCUAGGACGGAACUAUGAUGAGCGAAUUCUUCCCAGUAUCAUGAACGAAUGUGCCAAGGCUAUCGUCGCUCGAUACAAUGCCAAUGAACUUCUUACUAAGCGUGACAUGGUAUCGAAAGAAAUCUCGCAUGACUUGAGACUACGUGCUGGAUAUUUCAAUGUCCUUUUGGAGGAUGUUGCCAUUACACACCUGAGUUUCUCUCCUGAAUAUGCUCGUGCUGUUGAGCGAAAGCAAGUUGCUCAACAAGAUGCAGAGAGAGCCAAGUACGUUGUUAUUGGAGCUAUACAAGAGAAGCAGACCAUUAUCACCAAGGCAAAGGGAGAAGCCGAAUCUGCUUCAUUGAUUGGUCACGCCGUCAAGAAGAACCCUGGUUUCAUGAAGCUGAGAAGAAUCGAUGCUGCUCGUGACAUUGCCGAUAUUGUAGCCAAGUCUGGAAAUAAGGUUUACUUGAAUGCUGAUUCCUUGUUGCUCAACUUGUUGGGAGAUUCCGACGAUAAGUUUGAAAAGAGCUUGAGCGAAAAAGGUCGAUUCUUUGGAUAA